AUGCAUUCGAAGACUAUCACCUCCCUCUUAGUUGCUGCUGCAGCUGGCAUCACCAACGCCGCACCUGUCGACACUCCUGUCGGUGACUACACCUGGAAGAUCUCCAAAUUCUCUGGUCGCAAGCCAGAAGGCACAUACUACAGCAGCAUAAGCUUUAACAUUAAAGCUACUAAUGGGGGUCUGCUUGAUUUCGAGUGCGCAGCUUCUGCUGCAUGGCUACAGGACGAUGUAUUCCUUACAUGUGGUCCCAACAGCGGCAUAAGCUUUGCCUGGGAGAACGAAUACAAUGGCCUCAUUGUGAAAUUUGGCGAUGGCGCGUAA